UUACCUUGUCCAGAGUGUGGUGAAGAUCUGAAACCUAGAUGCUGGAAAGAUGGAAAGGAUUGGAAACACAACAGUCCUAGGCAGCUUGCAGAUAUAGAAUGCCCUGUUCUGCUGGUAAGUAGGGUAUAUGCAUGCAAAAAUGAUCAUCGGACAAUCGGUCAUGACCCUAAAAUUCUGAAAAAGUUUGGACAGGUAGAACUGAUCCCUUUCCUUCUUUUGCACAAAAAUGGGAUUACUCGACGUUUAUACAGAUUAAUAAUCGUUCAUGCUGCGUCAGGAAUGAGGUACAUGGACGUGGAAGCACUUUUAGCACAGAUGUGGCAUAGUUAUCACGCCAAGGCAAGCAUUAGGACCUUAACACUGUUACGUAUGAGAAUUUCAGAGGAUAGACCAUCAAUCAACGUGAGUCACACGACAAUGCCGCAGAUUUCACAGUUAAACCCUAACAGAAAACUGAUUCGCCAAUGCUUUGUUCAUGACUAUUGCACGAAAAGAAAAACUUUACAAUGCACGCAUGUCAUCGUUCACAGGUGGUUGGCUCUCUUCUGA